AUGAAUUACAAUAGUGUUGUGCCGCAUCAAUUGGGGAGAAAACGGAGACAGCAGUCGCCUCCAGUGGUCGAACGCCCCGCAGAAAGAAUUCCGGAUCCGCUGUUCCCCGCAGAUGCUGAAGAUGAGAGGAGGCUUAAACGGGCCGCCAGGUUUGCCCCCGGUGGGUCAGACAAGGUGAAAUUAGGUAACACGUUUGACUCGAUACAAGCGGAGGAGGACUACCGGAAUCUCAACGCAAUUAGCACGAAAUCGCACAAGUUUGACAAGAACAAGCCCGUCGUGGGGCUUUGCCAGACGCUCGAGAAAUCGUACCUGCGGCUGACCUCUGAGCCGAACCCGCAGCAAGUGCGGCCUUUGGCCGUGCUGCGCAAGGCGUACGAUCUGAUAAUGCACAAGUACACAAACGGCGACGCCACUUACACCUACCUGUGCGACCAAUUCAAGUCAAUCAGACAGGACCUGCGCGUGCAGAUGAUAGAAAACAAGUUCACUUUAAAAGUGUACCAGACACACGCGCGACUCGCUCUCCAGUUCAACGAUUUGGGAGAGUACAACCAAUGCCAGAGCCGGCUGCUGGCUCUCUACGCACUACCCUCCAUGAAGAAGGCAGACUACGAGGAGUUCACGAGUUAUCUGAUACUAUACUACAUCUUAACCGACGACAUUGUAUCAAUAACACAACUUAAAUGCAAUUUGCUCGCUAAUAACGCUCCCGUUUGCAAACAUCCAAGGGUCAAGACUGCGUUCGCGUUGUUCCAAGCGAAAAGCGUGGGUAACUAUCACAAUUUUAUGAAACUGGCAAAUGGGAUCUCCGGGUACGGUGCAUCCCUCGUAGCGGCAUUCUUAGAGAAGGAGAGAUUGAAGGCGCUGAGCGUGAUUUGCCAAAGUUACAACCAGAUCAGCUUGGAUUUCUUGUCACAAGAGUUGCAGUUCAAAGAUGUCGACGAGGCGGUGCAAUUUUGUACCAGUAAAUCACUUCAAAGAUUCAUUGUAACAAAAAACAAGGGCCAAGCUAGCGAGUUUGUCUACUUGGACGCACGACUGAGUCGACCCACAGUGGUGCAACUUUACGAAAAAUCCAAGAAGAUAGACAUUAAGGGCCAAAAAUGA